AUGGAGUUCAAUAUUCGAAACCCAUUAACCCUCUUCACUCACUCCUGCCCUUCCAUCUUCCUAGCUGAAUAUGAUGAUUUGCCUACACUCAAAGCUACAGAUGCUGAUAUUUGUUUCAGACGAGAAGCUAUUUGUUCAAUCUCACAGUUUGCUUGCAAAUUCGACCCUUUUAUAUCGUAUCUUGCCGUCAAUUAUCUCGACCGGUUCUUAUCCACCCAAGCAAUACCGCAGCAACCUAAGCCAUGGGUUUUACGACUUGUUGCAGUCUGUUGUGUCUCUUUAGCUGCCAAGAUGAACGAAGCCGAUUUCUCUCUCACCGACGUUCAGGCCGACGGUGGUUUCAUGUUUGAUGCACAAACGGUAGAGAGAAUGGAAUAUGUAAUCUUGGGAGCAUUAAAAUGGCGGAUGCGUUCGAUUACUCCUUUCUCUUUCGUAUCCUUUUUCAUUUCGUUUUUCAACCGCAAAGACCCUUCGUUAACGCAAGCUCUCAAUGCACGAGCUGUUGAAAUCAUCUUUAAAGCUCAAUCGGAUAUAAAGGUUUUAGAGUUCAAGCCAUCGAUAAUUGCAGCAUCGGCGCUUCUGUCUGCCUCUAAUGAACUAUUUCCCUUGCUGUUCCCCAGCUAUCACAAGGCAAUUUCCAGCUGUUUAUACAUACAUAAGGAAAACCCGUUAGAAUGCUACAAUUGGAUGGUAGGGAAGGAGAGAGAUGAUUCGAUGGUUUACAGCUGCAACACGGCAGUCAAUGUGCUCGACCAUCAAUUUUCAUGUUCAGAAAGUGAAAAUGGAAAAAUCAGUGAUUAUUCGGAAAAUCAAACGCCCAUAUCUCUCAGGUCCAACACUGUUGAUGAUGAGAGCUAGUUUUCUUUCGGAUAA